CACACACACACAGGAACAACACACACCCAGGAACACACUCAGCUGAUCAGUUGCAGUGUGUUUCUCUCUUCACUUUAUUGACCGGCCGUGUGUGUGUGUGUUGAGUUGUGUGUGUGUCGGUCCGGUUCUGUCCGGCUGGUUCCGGAACUCUGUCCCCGGUGUGCAGCGUCAGUCUCUCGGGUUCAGAGUGUUAGCAUCUCUCGGCUCUUUAGCUGUUAGCUAUUAGCAGCUAAGCUAACUGUUAGCCUGAGUUAGCAACUAGCUGUUAGCCUCGGUUCUCCUGAUGCCGGCGAUGCUGGAGAGGAACCCGGAGGGGAAGAGGAGAGGCCGGGCCGGCGGUAGCGGCCCCGGGGCAGCGGGCCUCCCCGCCGGGAAGAGCCUGUCCGGGAAUGGAACCACCAGCAGCUGCUGGGAAGAAGAAGGCUCCGGGUCCAGCAGCGACGAGGAGCAUGGUGGAGGGGGGAUGCGGGUCGGGACGCAGUACCAGGCCGUGGUUCCGGACUUUGACCCGGACGUGGCGCAGGAGGCUCACCUCAGAGAGAACCUCGGCAUGUUGGUGUGGAUCCCGAGCAGCGCUCUGCUCCAGACUCAACUGGACGAGUACAUUGCCAUCGCCAAAGAGAGACACGGCUACAACAUGGAGCAGGCUCUGGGGAUGCUCUUCUGGCACAAACACAACGUAGAAAAGUCUCUGGCGGAUCUGCCCAACUUCACCCCGUUUCCUGACGAGUGGACGGUGGAGGACCGAGUUCUGUUUGAACAGGCCUUCAGUUUCCAUGGGAAGAGCUUCCACCGCAUCCAGCAGAUGUUACCUGAUAAGACCAUGGCCAGUCUGGUUCGGUUUUAUUACUCCUGGAAGAAAAGUCGCAGUAAAACCAGUCUGAUGGACCGACAGACACGAAAAAACAAGAGAGAAAGAGACGACAGUGAAAAUGAAGUUGAGGACAAAAAUCCUCCCAGCGACUGCGAAAUCGAGCAAAACAAAGACGACAAGAAGGAGGUGAGUUCUGGAUCAGAGAGGUCGGAGGUCAAACCAGCAGCUAGUUUAAAGGUGGGCAGCAAGGCGUCUCAGCGGAUGAAGAAGCGUCCCCCCAGAGGAAUGUUCCUGAACCAGCAGGAUGUCGUCUGUCUGUCCUCUCAGCCGCCUCAGGGUCUCCUCAGACAGCUGGACUGUCAGCUGGUCUCCAUCAAGAGACAGAUCCAGAGCAUCAAACAGUCCAACAGCUCUCUGAAGGAGAAGAUCUGCUCCGGAGUCGACGACUUCAGACAACCUGAGGUGAAUCAGAAGUUUAACACCCGCUGGACGACGGAGGAGCAGCUGCUUGCUGUACAAGCCAUCAGGAAGUAUGGGCGGGACUUCCAGGCCAUCUCCGAUGUGAUUGGAAACAAGUCGGUGGUGCAGGUGAAGAACUUCCUGGUGAACUACAGACGGAGGUUCAACCUGGACGAGGUUCUGCAGGAGUGGGAGGCGGAGCAUGGGCUGGAAGGGGGCGUGGCCGAGGGGGGCGUGGCCGAGGGGGGCGGGGCCGAGGGGGGCGGGGCCGAGGAGGAGGACAAGAUGGAGGACAAGAUGGAGGAGAGUCCUGCUGAGGAAGAGGAGGUCGCUGACACAAAGGAGGUGAGACUACAUAUCCCAGAAUCCUCAGAGUCUAAAGACAUAUACUCUGCUGGUUCCUAAUGCGUCUCCUCUCCUCAGGACUCCGACUCCCAGAAGUCCCUGGCCUCGUGACUCUGACUCCGCCCCUCUUUUAUCUUUAUUAUGAUUCAUUUUAUUUUAUAUACAUUUCGUCUCCUGUAUUUAAUUAGUUUUAUUUUAUACUUGAUGCUGCAGUUAUUUCAGUGGGACUGUUAUUGGUCAGGUGGGAGGUUACCUGUCGUCUCUCUGUGGACCAAUCAGAAACCGGACCUAUCACUUGUGGGCGUGGCCUGAUUUGAAUCUGUGUGUGUGUGUGUGUUUGUGUGUGGGGGGGGGGGGGGGGUUGGUCACUCAGGGCAGGAAAAUAAAACCAAAGUUCAAUAAAAGAAUUUCCUUCUUCUUC